UAUAACUCACGGUUACCUUUGAAGUCUCAAACGCGCAACACAUUACCUUAAACAUGAAGUUCCUCAUCGUCUUCGUUGCUCUCUUCGCCCUGGCAGUGGCAGCUCCUGCUCAAUCUGAUGAUGUCCAAGUUCUGCGCCAGGACUCAAAUGUCGGCAUUGAUAACUUCCAGACCAGUUUGGAGCUGAAUAAUGGUAUCAAGCAACAAGCCGAAGGACAACUGAAGCAAAUUAGCAACGAGGAAUCCGCCAUUGUCGUUAGGGGCUCGUACAGCUGGGUUGACCCUUCGGGCCAGCAACACUCAAUUACCUACAUUGCCGAUGAGAACGGCUACCAGCCACAGGGUGCUGACAUUCCCGUCGCACCAGUUGCCUAAGCGAAGUUGAACUCCUUAAAUAAAUUGAUUGUUUU